AGAAAACACGUUUCGACUUACUGUGAUAUAUCAAAAUGCUUGAACACUAUUUUUCAGAUGAUCCCUUUCCUAGAGUGAAAAUAAGUAAAUGGAAAUGUGCCCGGAUUAUAUUCUGUGGUCAAGAACAGACAACAUCUGACACGUCUAUAAACCAACUCAUGAGCUCACAACUUACAAAUUAUCAAACCAUGAGUACUUCCCAGUUGGGUAGUGGCCAGCCCUCAAGCUCACCUGGGAUGGAUCCCCAAGCUAGCAACACUAGAAAUAUUGAGGACAUUGAUGGUGAAGGUGACUCAUCAGAUGUUGCCCACUUACAUGUGGAUGAACGUGAAGCAGAUGUCACAAGGAACCAGACAGUGGAGGCUCCAUUAGACAUGUUUGUUAGUAAGAAAAGUGACAACGAAGCUCCCAGAGUCUAUCUAUGGAUCCUUGGGACUAUUGCCCUUUUUUAUGGUCUACCUGCGGUAGCAGCUGUCUGACAUAUUCAAAGGUUA